AGUUGUGAAGGGGGUUCGCAGGAAUCCUCAGAGAUGGUGCUGAUGGCGGCGGCGGCGCGGUCAACUACCUCGUCGACUAGUUCACUCGCAUCCCCGCGAAUAGACGAAUUGUUUUCUUCCCACGUGCAUUAAGAAGGAGGUUAUGUUAAACCUGACUAAAAUCGUAAAUUUUAAAAGAUUCUGAGAAAAAUGUUCGAAUCUGUUGACGAAAAAAUCCGAGAUGGUGGCGGUCGAAAUAUUAAACGGAAGAAGAAGAGGUCGGCAAACCAAAUGGCUAAAAAGUUUGCUCGCAAAGCCAAACACGGACAAAAAGGCGAGUUAGAAGCUGAUACGUAUCAGUACGUGGUUCAUAGUUUAGAACUUAUGCAGACGGGCUUCCCUACUGACGAGGAAAGGUUGAUAUUUGCUAAUAAUUUUUCUCAAGAAGCAGCGGGCCAUGAGGUUGAUUACGCUCGAAACGAGGUUGGCUCGAAAGUAUUGGAGAUGUUACUAGACAUCGGUACCUUAGAGAUAAUAAAUAGGUUGGUCGAUGCUCUCUGGGGAUCUUUGAGGCCAGUUUGUUGCGACAGAUAUGCUAGUCAUGUAGUGCAGAAAAUUAUUUAUGUCUGUGCAGACCGAGGCAAUAAAAACGAAGAAGCACCUGUGGAGGGAGUAAAAAAAGAACAAAGCGAGGACAAUACUUUAAAGGAUUCCGAAAGGGAGUCUUACGACAAAGUUGCACUAAAGUUGAGUAGAUACGUGAUAAAUAAUAUGGAGGAAUUUAUGUGGGAUACCUAUGCAAAUCAUGUGCUUAGGACCGUUGUAGAAGCUCUCGGAGGAUUCACUAAGAAGCGCCACCAGAAUAAAAAAACUGUGAUGCCAUCUUUUGAAUCUAAACUAAACAUGAAAAAGGAGUAUACCGAAUUACUCGUUGACUUCUGUAAAAGGAUUUACAAGUGGCCUCAGUUUCCACAGCUGGGUCAAGAUGAACUGACUUCUGGUCUUCUUCAGGUUGUGCUAUUAUCUCUGAAAGGGGUUGACAGUACUUUGGGUGAUACCAUAAUUAAAAGAAUAACUGAAAGUUGUUUUACCGACAAUGAAGGGGAACAGCUUUCUAGCGCCUUUCAGUCAGAAUGUUAUGUCAGGCUGCUCGAAGCUUGCUUGAUGGCAGCAGGGCCUGAUAUUUAUAACUUUAUUUACGAGAAAUUCUUUGCUGGUCACCUUUAUCAACUUUUGAAAUCGGAAGGAACUGCUUUCAGUGUACAACAGUUAUUAGACAACUGUGAAAUUAAAGAAAAGUUGGAAGGAAUAAAUGAAGAAUUGUUUGAUCACUAUGAGUCAGUUUUGAAGGAUGGACCACAUAAAAUCUUGGUUAACACAGCUAAUGCAUGUAAGCGACUACAUACUGGUCAAGGUGCAUUCUUCAAAGCACUCACUAAAGCAUUACAUUGUGAAGAAGAAGGAAAAUCGGAAGCAAAUUCGGAAAUAAUAGAGUGUAUUGCUUCAUUGAAGGGUAAAGAGAUGAUAGAAAAAUUAAAACAAGACAAGAAUGAAAAUAUCCCUGUACAAGUAUAUGGAAGUUUAAUAUUACAAGCGAUGCUUAAUUUCAACAAGCCAAUAAAAAUCGUGAACGGUCUGUUGGCUAUGCCUGUCGAAAAAUUUAUGCAUCUUAUUACUGACCCGAGAGGAAGUCAUAUAAUAGAUGCAUUCAUGACCGGUCCUUACAUAGGUGUAAAGAGUCGAGAGAAGUUGGCCAGGAAGUUACGAGGUAACUGGUCGCAACUUGCUGUCACAACUCAUGGUUCUAGAUGUUUAGAAAAAAUCUGGUCAUGGGCCCAGGGGGAACAGAAAGUAAUCAUAAUGGAAGAACUAGCAGCAUCGGGGGAAGCUUUACGGUCCACAAAAUGUGGCAGCAUUAUUUCAUCGAAAUUCAAUGUUCCUCUUUUUGUGCGCAGCAAGAAAGAUUGGAUGGAGUCGUUUGAGAAAAAGGAAACCAUUCAAACUUUGUUUGCUGAUAUCCUUGGGGAACCGAAAAAAAAAUAAUUUGACUCUCCUCUCAAAUACAAUGCAGAACAUUUUAUACACUUGAUUGUUUAUAUUGUAAUAAAAAUGAAAUACCUUUUUUACAAUA